GAGACUUCAGGCAGGAAGGUCGCAUACCCAAGCCAGGCCUGUUCUCUUGGCCCAGCGCGGGAGCUCCAAGACAUCGAACAGCUUACGGUUCUGAAUAACCAGCCCCGUACGUUGCAGACAAAGAGAAGAAAGAAGAGGAUUCCAGCUUACGCUUGUGUUCCCGGCGGUACUGCCUCAGUUGAAACCUAACGGUGCCAACGAACGCUGAGGAUCCUUUGUAAUCCUUACAUUCCACCCUUAAUCAGUGUUGCAACAUCGGUGAAUCAGCGCUAGCUUGUAGGAGUAAGUUCAGGUGGGCUUCGGCCCGCCUGCUUGUCGGAGGUUACUGCUGUCACCGGAUGAUGCAACUGUCCUUGGUUCAGUUCCUUUUAACUUUUAACUUAUACCCCGUUCCAAAUAGUAUUAUCACUUCCCUGGUACGCUCGGUGUUGGUGAGUAAACCGUAGCUGCCAGCAUGGUGAAGUCCAAGGUCAUUAGAUUGGACCCCCUAGGCAUUAAGAGGGUUAUGGACGUUGGAGGCCCCGCAGCCCUAAAUACAACCAUAAAGAAACCCAGAAAAGUAAAUAGAAAUAAAGCCGAAAAAAAUAAACCAUUAGAAAAACCAACCAUUUUAACCAUAAAACCUAAACACGCGCUCCGGUCCCCAGUGAGCGUAGAGUCCGAUAGUGCUUCAUCUGAAUAUUCAGAUUCAGAAAUGGCAUCGAUAUGGCCGGAAAAUAAAACCCCUCCAACUAAAGAAAAUCUUAAACAGUCCGAACCAAGCAGACCCAAGUCAGCCUCGCCCGUGAUAUGCCCUUCUGGCAAUCACAGCCUUACAGUGGCUGCAGAUGUACACUGUUCCCAAGGUGGAACUAAAGCUGUGAGGCAAGGUGCACAGAAACCUGCUUUAUCGGCAAGAGCCUCUUCUGAACCGCCUAAUCCAGAUGAGAUAGCGGAGGAUAAUGACUUCACUGUCAUUACCCCCAAAAAGAGAAAAAACAAAGCAAAAGUAAACCCACCCAUAACAGAAGCCGCCAUUAAUACAGCUUUGCCAUCCUCUCCCGCUCCUGAGAGCCGUGUUGCUGGCAGCUCAGAGAAGAGGACCAACUUCCUAACCGCACCCAGAGAGAAAAUUCCGCCGGUCGUCAUCCACCACCACUUCCAAGGUGACAUGACCAGACUUAACAAAGAUUUUCACUCCAAAUUCCAGCCUAUAGGCUUCACAACCUAUAGAAUGAAAGCUGGCAUAGCAUGUCAGACUUCAACAUACCAAGACUACCUAAACUUACAAAGCUUUUUAAAAGAAAGUAAAGUUCCAUUUAACCUGAUUAAACACAACGAUUCUAAGCCGUACAGGGUGGUUAUCAAAGGCAUCCCUCCUACCACCCCUCCUAAAGCCAUUCAGGAUGAGCUACUGGCCCUUGGGCUGGCAGUUCAAAACGUCAUCCCAAUGUCCACUUGGAGAGACAAAACCCCUCUGCCCAUGCACAUAAUUGAGCUAGAUAACGUUCCACAGAGCCAGAAAAUUUCGCAGUUGUCCCACCUGUGUUACAUCAGAAUCACUGUGGAGCCUUAUAAGGGACGCGCCGUGCCGCCUCAGUGCGCACGGUGUCAGCAAUUCUAUCACGUGGCGGCAAACUGUCAGGCCCCUCCGGCUUGUGCCCACUGUGCAGAGGAACAUUGCUCGUGGCAAUGUGAAAAACGUUUUGAACCUAACUUUGUGCCCACGUGCGCUCUGUGCAAAAUCGGAGAUCACGGCUCCAAGUACAGAGGUUGCCCCUAUUUUCGGAACCUCAUGGAAAAGGAGAUGAGAAAUAAACCUCAGCCUGAGAAGUUGAAUAACCGCCAGCCUUCUAAUGUGGGCAGAGCGCGAAACUCAUUUCAAUCUAUGCAUCCGCAAAAUCCUCCCUCUAAAACCCUCCACGACUAUCCGCCUAUGAGUCCCGGAAACGCUUGGAGCAGGCCUCUGAACUUUUCCACUUCACAACUGCCACAACCUCCCCCUCCUACUCCACGUUUAAAUCAACCGCGUAACCUUCUGUCCAAUCACAUCUUUGUACCCCACAUGGAAAUUCCGCAGUUUUAUUACAGACAAGAUCCGCGUCUUUCCCAUAAACUAAGCUGCACUUGCAACUCGCACCCCAACCCUUCAGUAAACAAUAAUGUUCAACCAGCUGCAAAAGAACCCGUUACCUCUGAAACUGGCAUUUCUCCGCCAGAACAGAACAUACCUGCUUCACCCCCUCCCCCCGGGGCAGGGGACGAGCCGAACUCAGAUUCUUCGGUCGCCCCUAAUUCUCGGCACUCUGCCCCCAAGUUGUCCAGAACAAAGGGACAAACUCAUACACAGCAACAAGACACAACACACCCGCGGGAGGAACACAGUUACAUUUCUUCUGAUCAAAAUUUAUUGCAGUCGGCAGACAACAUGCAUCAGCACGGCCAUCAGCCUCCCAGACAGAGACUAGGUAACUCGUACACUGAACAUCAAACUAGGGAAUUUGUCAAUUGUGUUCGGGCUUUCAACCCAAACUUUUCCUUUCAGUGCCUUCUACAAACAAUGUCAGUCAUGCUCCUGCAAUUUAUGCAGCACCCAUAUGAGAGUGCCCUCCCGGUCAUAUUCAAUAACUUCCUAAUCAACCUCCUAGGUCUUCCUCAUAAUGGGUAACCGGAUGAUUGCAACUCCCUAAAUGCCCAGUACGCCCGCGGCCACAUCGACCAAUCACCACACCUAUGCUGGACAAGAAAAGUAGAUGUGAUU